AUGGACGGCCAGGAAGCUCCGACACCCACCUCGCCCGCGCCCACCUCGCCCGCACCGACCUCGACCUCGCCGACCACGCCGACCUCGCCGGCGCCCACCUCGCCCGCGCCGACCUUGCCUGUGCCCACCUUGCCCGCGCCCACCUCGACCGCCCACUUUGCCCGCGCCCACCAAGCCCGCGCCGACCUCGACCGCGCCGACCUCGCAUGCGCCUACCGAGCCCGCGCCCACCAAGUCAACUCAUCGGCGCCGGCAGAUCCGUCCAAACCGCCCGGAUCCGUCGACUUGUGA